GAUUUGGAGUACCUUUGGACCGGAUCGACUCGGUUCAAGAUACUUCCGGAGACACCGGUCGCAGCUUUUUCGUCUACCUCCACAACGGCUGCGGACAACUUGGCGGAGAUGGAGGUGCUGGACCCGGUGGCGUUUCCUUGCUACGGUGGCGACACCUUUCCCAGUCACUGGUCAGAGGAACAACGGGCCACAACUGCGAGACACUACAAGGCGAUUCCUGAGGAGUUCUACACGAAGUCCGGUCGUCGUCCUAUCACACCGGACAACAUGGAUGCCUGGCUUGCUGCGGUCAAACGGAGAAGGCUCAGGCUUCAUGCCUGGGAAUGGUUCAGCGGAAGUGGGCGUUUGUCUUUGUGCCUCCUCAUGGCCAACAUGAUCGUCGGGCCACCCAUUGACUACCGCUACGGCUGGGAUGUUGCACAUGCGCCACAUCAAGCACUUCUUCAACGAUGUCAUGAAGUUCUCGCUCCUGCGCAUCUCUUUGCAUCUCCCAGCUGGUCGUCAUGGAUGACUGCAACGAAUAAGGAUCCUGAACUUCGUGAGCUAGACCGACGACCUGAACUUCCUGCAAUACAAUACUUGACAGAGACCUGUCUGAUACAACGCCAGAUGGACUGUGGUUUCACGGUGGAACAACCAGCAGGCUCUUCACUACUCAAGGAAAGUCCACUGCGGCGACUUUGUGACCACUCCGGCAUAAAGACGGUUCGGUUUGAUCAGUGUAUGUUCGGGGCUCAGGAUGAGGCCCAGCUUCCUCUUCGGAAGGCCACGUGCCUUCUCACGAACCGACGAUGGCACAAGGUGAUCAAGAGAUGCGGCGGCCAUCGCGGCAAGUCUCAUGGCCAAGUCCAAGGGCGUCUUCGAGGUUGCAGUCGGACUGCCAUGGCUAUGGUCUUUCCGAAGCGGCUUUGCCAGGAGCUAUCAAUGUUUUCUACACCUGUGAGAGAUGUCAACUCGGUCGUGCUGCUCCUCCUGGAAGUGAACAUACUUUGGUUCCGGGUGAAUGUCGCUAUGGUCAACCAUCUAUGCGAGCAGCUCGAGCCCAGGCCACUGGCACCGCAGGCGCACCGGGUGCACCGCAUCCUGGGGCUAGAGCAUCUCCACAGGGCUCUUCUGGUGAGCCUGGCAGUUCUUCGUCAGCACCACCGCCUUUGGCACGUGACGACUUGGAGGACAUCGCCG